AAGCGUAGAGUGUAUUCCCUUUGUGGACGAGGUUUUCUCAAACCUCUCACCAUGUCGACCGAUGAGGAUAGACAGAUUGAGCAGUGGAAGGUGAAGCGUUUGGUGAAGAUGCUCGAUGCUGCUCGAGGGAACGGCACAUCAGCCAUCACUUUGAUUCUCAAUGCAAAGCAAGACAUCAAUUUGACCAAUAAAAUGCUCACGGAGGAGUAUGGUACAGCUUCUUGCAUCAAGUCCCGCGUGAACAGGUUGUCCGUUUUGUCAGCAAUUACAUCUACCCAGCAGCGCUUGAAGAAGUACAACCGAACCCCACCAAAUGGCCUCAUCAUUUUCUGUGGUGAGGUUCUCACAGAGGACAACAAGGAGAAGAAGUUGACCAUUGAUUUUGAGCCCUUCAAGCCAAUCAAUACCUCAAUGUAUUUGUGCGACAGCAAGUUUCACACAGAGCCACUAGCUGAGCUCAUGGAAGAUGAUGACAAGUUCGGCUUUCUCAUCAUGGAUGGAAAUGGCUCGCUCUUCGGAACGGUGCAGGGCAAUCACCGUGAAAUCCUUCACAAGUUCACUGUUGACUUGCCUAAGAAGCAUGGCCGUGGAGGACAGUCGGCUUUGCGUUUCGCACGCCUUCGACUGGAGAAGCGACACAAUUAUGUGCGCAAAGUUGGAGAGACAGCAACGCAGAUGUUCAUCCCAAAUGGAGAGACUCCAAAUAUCAAAGGCCUAAUCGUGGCAGGUUCUGCAGAGUUCAAGCAGGACUUGACAACCAACACGGACCUUUUUGAUCAGAGACUCGCUGCCAUCGUAAUCCCUCCGUUGCUGGAUAUCAGCUAUGGGGGUGAGGCUGGGUUUAAUCAGGCCAUUGAGUUGUCGGCCGAAACCUUGAAGAAUGUGAAGUUCGUCCAGGAGAAAAAGCUGGUCACAAAGUUCUUGGAUGAGGUUGCGACGGACUCGGGCAAGUACUGCUUUGGCAUCCAUGAUACCAUGCAGGGCCUCGAAGCAGGAGCUGUCGAGACUCUGAUUAUUUGGGAGCAGCUUGAGAUCAAGCGCCUGGUGAUCCGGAACCCCCAUACUGACACAGAGGAGGUCAAGUUUGUAACCCCAGAGCAGGAGAAGGAUCCAAAGCUCUAUGUUGACAAAGAGACUAAUGUGGAGCUCAAUGUCACCGAGAACGAGGCCUUCUUGGACUGGAUUGUAGAGAACUACAAGAACUUUGGCACGAAGCUAGAGUUUAUCUCGGAUCGAUCACAGGAGGGCAAUCAAUUUGUGAAAGGAUUUGGCGGCAUUGGCGGGCUAAUGAGAUACCAACUUGAGUUUGACUUGUUGGAGGAGCCAGUCUUUGAUGACGCCGACAGCGAUGAUGACUUCAUGUAAGGCCUCCUGUAAGACCCUCAAGUCGCAAUGGUCCAAGAGACCAAGAGUUUUACGUCGGCUGUGGGGUGGAGGGGCAUGCAGCCAAAGACCUAGUGAGAGUCCUAGAAGCAUGCUAGGCCAUUCCUAGAAGCCUAGUGAGAGGCAUUCUGACCUAGUUCAUUCCUGAAGUCUCGCGGAAGGUGGGGGUUGAU